AUGGUUGAAUUGAGUGGUAGAAGCACUCUUCAACAUAGCUUUGAUAAUUCUGUUUUUAUUAUACCAGCGGUGAUCGUUGCCGCUAUUGUGGCACUGGUCACAUAUAAGUUAACAAAUUCAAUAAAAUUGAAACAAAAACGCGAAGAAGAAAAGAGGCGCAAACGGGAAGAAAAGUCUAAAAAGAAGAGUUAA